AUGACCGACGCUCCUGACAAUGGCCCGACACUCUUCCGGCCCGUUCCGCGUCGACCCUUUAAUAUGAACAUCAUGGCGGCAACUCCUCCUGACGACAUGGCCGAAGCUCCGCGGCCGCCCACUCCCGACACCGAGGAGAAUAACCAGCUCAAUCUCGACGUCCUCAAUUCCCGCUUGCUGGCCCCCAGCCGGCGCAACCGCUCCGACGAUUCCAACACCAUCAGCCGGGCCGAGUCCGUCAUGAACCUUGGCGGCUCAACCCUAAUGGGCAUCUACACACCAAAUACAUACGGCAAGGACAGAUUCUACGUCGACGAUAAAGAGGAGGCCACGACCCCGUGGGGAACCGGUGCAGAGACUCCCGCACGGCACUUGAGCAUAGCGGAACCGCACUUUGAGCUGCAGAACGAUCGGUACCACGGCAUCCGGCGGCGGUCAUCCUCGCACGUGGUCCCACCUCUUACGACAUCGUCGUACUCGACAAUUGCCAUGUACACCGGGUUGCGGACGUUGGUACUCGGCGGUCUGGGGGUGCUCUACGGUGUUGGCGUGGCCGAGGUACAAGACCGGCACAAGAUUGCCCCUGUCCACGUGGAUGGACUACUCUCCAUGCUGUACAACGACUGGCGUUACAUGGCAUUCUGGGGUCUGUCUGGGGUGCUUUUUGGCAGCCUCUUGCCUUGGUUCGACAACGUGUGGGAGAAGGCGCAGAACCCGUCGUCUCAGACAGUGGUAGAAUGCAGCGUCGAAGACGACGAAGACCCCGAGCGGCAGAAGGGCCCAAGCACAGACUGGGCACUGGCGGUACGGGGUAUCGGGACCUUUGUGGGAAUCGCCUUUGCAAUUCGUAAAUUGCCAUGGAAUUCGACCCUGCAGCUUUCAUUGACGCUCGCCAUGGUCAACCCGGUCCUAUGGUUCCUCAUUGACCGCUCAACUCCCGGCUUUCUCGUCUCAUCAGCAGUAGGUCUGGCCGGCUCCGUGGUGCUACUCGGGCUGAAGCCCGAGAUGGUGGCCACUCCAGCAGGAUCCUCAUACAACACCAUGAUGAGUUAUGACCAACAGCAGAAUGCAAGCAAUGUGCACCUCGACACGCUUCUCCUCGGUGGCUGGGCGGACCAGCGCACCCUGGAGACGGGCAUCUGGAUGCUGAGCGUGCUCUUCUGCUGCGCGUUGUGCUUUGGGAAUAUUGGGCGGCGGAUGGUGCUCAAUCGCUCCGCGCCCGGCAAGGGCCGGUGGGCGAGCAUGGUUGGAUGA